AUGAAGACGAACGAACUUGAAGAUAAAUUAAGAGAAUGCGUAUAUUGUAGAGACGAACAAAUCGACAAGCUUGUUUCGUUGCUUUUCAAUGAUGAUUGUAACGUCCCUUCUUUAAUUCUUUACGGGGUAUCAAGUACUGGUAAAUCGUAUCUGUUGAACCAAGCCUUAAACUUAUCCAAUAAAGAAGUUAUUUGGAUUAAUUUAAAGACAUGUUUCACAACGCCCUUAUUGCUUUACAGGAUACUUACACACGCGGGCGUUGACCAAGACCUUGCAUACAAAAAGGGAACCCAUAUUAGUGGGUUCUUACAUCUAUUACAUAUAAAUAUUUCAAAAACUGAAAAGCAUGUUUACCUUGUUUUAGACCAAAUAGAUCAGUUUCCAGAGAUAUCGCCGAUACUUUUUUCUAUGUUUGCUGAUUUAGCACUUAAUACAAAUCUUUCUAAUCUUUCGGUGAUUUUUACUCUUUCAACACAUCCUGCACAAUAUAUGGGUACACUUGCUGUACCUAUCGUCUUUUUCCCGCAAUAUAUGAAAGAUGAGAUAUUAGAAAUUUGUCAAAAUACGCCUCCUGUUUUGGAUUUUAUCGAUGAGACAGGCGAAGAAACAUUCGAGGAUGAAAUAGAAUUAAGUGUUUGGAUGCAGUAUUGUGGGUUCCUAUGGAAUGUAUUUGGCUCCCAUUGCCUUAAUAACUAUCAAGCUUUUCGAGAUGUGGUAGAUCUACAUUGGCCUCAAUUUGUGCAGCCCAUUGUCAAGGGAAAUGUUCAUCCCGCUGACUAUGCGCAGCUUCAUAAGCUAGCAAAGCAUGCUUUAACUUCAGAUUUGACGAUUAGCCGUCGUCUGCACAUUAUUGAACCCACAAAGAUUAAAUAUAUGCACGAUGCCAAAUCCGUCGAUCUGCCUCUCUUGACCAAAUAUCUUUUAAUAUCUGCUUUCCUUGCAUCAUAUAAUCCCAGUCGCCUAGAUGCUCAAUUCUUUUCUCAUGGUAAAGGUUCUAAACAGCGUGGAAGGAAGCGGAAAAAUACAUCGAACCAAAGCUUAGAAUCGGCAAAAGGCGCAAAGAAUGGUACCAGCAGGACGAAAUCCACAGCAAAGCUAUCACAACUAACGCUGGGACCUAAAGCUUUUGAACUUGAGCGUCUUUUUGCGAUUUAUUAUGCGAUAUGCCCGAAUGGAAGGCACGUUUUAUCGGCAGACGUCUUUAAUCAAAUUACCAGUCUAGCCUCAUUGAAAAUGUUGCUGCCAGCUCAUAAGGGCUCAUUACGUUCCUUGGACAGUCCAAGAUUCAAAGUCAAUGUAUCAAGGGAAUUCGUUAUCAAAAUUUCAAAAUCAGUGGGUUUUCCAUUGGAAAGCUAUUUAGCAGAUGAGCCUGUUUGA